GUAUUCACAUUGGGAAGAAAAAGGCAAAAACACCAAAAAGGAAGAUCCGAAAAUUUUCCCACGAAAAUCUCAGAUUCUGGGAAAAAAAAAUUACAAUUAAAAGGAAAUCGCCAAACAGAGAAUAAGGAAAAAUUUCAUUCCAAUCGGAAUAUUUGGGCAGAGAUUUGUCUUUUUUAUUUUUUUUUUGGAUUUGUUCAAACGAUAUAAAUCUAUCUUUGGGUGACACAAAGAAAAAAAAAAGUUAAAUUUCAGAAGAUCGUUUUUUUUAGCUUUUUUCUUCUUUUUAUUUCACAUUAGCUCUUCCUCAUCGGUAAAAAGGAACAAUCUUAUUAUUUCCUCUUUCUUUUUUGUUUGUUUGAUCAUUGUGAUCAUCGUCCCUCUUCUUUACUUAGUCACAACUCAAAGAAACGAUUUUUGUCUCUCUGGUUUUUUCUUCUCCGAACAUAACAAGAGACUAAUAAGAGUUUCGUGAUUUUCUCUCUCUCUCUCUCGCUCUCUCGCUCUCUUUGUGUGACUGUGUUUGUUUCUGUAACGAGCCAUGUCCGAAACUCAGCAGCAGGUUCAGAACUCUACUGGGUCGAUUCGAUCUCCAGAAAAAAUUGAAGAUACCUUCAGGAGGAUGAAAGUUAAUGAAGACAAUUUGGAGCAAGUUAGUCCAUAUCCUGAUCGUCCUGGUGAGCGAGAUUGUCAGUUCUUUCUGAGAACUGGGCAGUGUGGCUAUGGAAACACCUGCCGAUACAAUCAUCCUCUUACCCAUCUUCCACAGGGUGCUAUUUAUUACAAAGACCAAUUGCCCGAGAGGGUUGGACAGCCAGAUUGUGAGUAUUUUCUGAAGACAGGAGCCUGUAAGUAUGGCCCAACAUGUAAAUAUCACCACCCAAAGGAUAGGAAUGGUGCUGGACCCGUGCUGUUCAAUGUUCUUGGUUUUCCUAUGCGACAGGGUGAGAAGUCAUGCCCGUAUUACAUGCAGACAGGAUUAUGUCGAUUCGGAGUUGCCUGCAAAUUCCAUCAUCCUCAUCCACAGGCUCCUAAUGGCCACUCUGCAUAUGGAAUGUCCAGCUUUCCGUCUGUUGGUUUUCCUUAUGGCAGUGGAAUGACAAUGAUGUCUUUGCCUCCUCCAACAUAUGGAGCUAUGCCUCGUCCUCAAGUUCCUCAGUCUCAGGCCUAUAUGCCCUUCAUGGUUGCACCCUCCCAAGGUCUUUUACCUCCUCAAGGCUGGGCCACUUACAUGGCUGCAUCUAACCCCAUUUACAAUGUGAAAACUCAACCUGACUCCAGUUCUAGUGCAUCGGUGCCCGUGGCUGUGACAUCACAUCAUCACAGUUUUCCUGAAAGAGCUGAAUGUAGGUUUUUUAUGAACACCGGAACGUGUAAAUAUGGAGAUGAUUGCAAAUACAGUCAUCCGAAAGAAAGGUUGUUACAGUCACCUAAUCUCUUGAACCAUAUUGUUCUUCCAGUAAGACCAGGAGAACCAGCAUGUGGUAACUUCAAGGCCUAUGGAUUCUGCAAGUUUGGAGCAACCUGCAAAUAUGAUCACUCAAUGCCACUAAACCCUUACAACAAUACGGGCAUGGCCAUGUCUUCUCUGCCUACUCCAUAUCCUUAUGCUCCACCAAUUUCAACUCAUCUGAGGAUCUCAUCGCCACCAAGCCCCUCUGAUUCCACCACCCUCGCCAAUGGCAAGCCUGCUCCAGAGAGUCAAAGCUCAGAGACUGAGAAACAAGAUGAUACUGCUACCCAACCAGAAAAAUCAGAAGUCCAUGACCCAUUGCCACCAAGCCGCUCUGAUUCAACCACCCUGCCCAAUGGUAAGCCUGAUGCAGAGGAUCCAAGUUUAGAGACUGAGAAACAGGACGAUAAACCUGCACAACCAGACAGCUCAAAAGUGCAGGAGUCAUCUGUUAUAUCUACAUGAUCAUGAUCAUGAUCUCAGAAUCAAUUAUAUCAUCAUCACAGACUGGCUGAGUCUAUCCCUCUCAGGGUAUCUAACGAUCUCAAAUUGAUCUCUCUGCCCUUUUUGUUAAUUUUUUGGAAGGAGGGCUUGGAAAUAUCUAUCUUUUUGUUUUUUUUUUUUUUUUUCGGUUUCGGAGACAGCCUUGGUUGAAACAAAAUAGGAAAAGAACAGUGUUUUGAUUUCGUUAAUAAAAACUUGACAUCAUUUUAGCAAA